CUUGUUGCUCUUGUCUAUAACCAUUUCUUCUUUGUUAGUGACUACUUGUUCAAGCUGCUCCUGAUUGGUGACUCUGGUGUUGGCAAGUCUUGUCUGCUACUCCGGUUUGCUGAUGAUACAUACACAGAAAGCUACAUAAGUACAAUUGGUGUUGACUUCAAAAUCCGGACCAUAGAAUUAGAGGGUAAAACCAUCAAGUUACAGAUUUGGGAUACAGCAGGACAAGAGCGAUUCAGGACCAUCACUUCCAGUUACUACAGAGGAGCACAUGGGAUUAUUAUUGUGUAUGAUGUCACAGAUCAGGAUUCCUUCAAUAAUGUUAAACAGUGGCUAGAGGAAAUAGCUCGCUAUGCCAGUGAAAACGUGAACAAAUUAUUAGUAGGAAAUAAAUGUGAUUUGACCACUAAGAAGGUGGUAGAUUAUACUACAGCUAAGGAGUAUGCUGAUUCUCUCCAAAUUCCAUUCUUGGAAACCAGUGCGAAAAAUGCCACUAAUGUUGAACAGGCAUUUGUGACGAUGGCUGCUGAAAUCAAGAAUCGCAUGGGCACAGGUCCUACACACAAUGAUGAGAAGUCCAAUGUCCGAAUCCAGAGCACUCCAUUAAAGCAAGGCAGUGGUGGAGGUGGCUGCUGCUAAGGGCAUUAGUCCAGCAGAGACAGAUCUGUUCCUGUGCACAAUAAAGUUAAACUUCAACUGCA